AUGUCUGCCAGCACGGUUUCCAUCCCGUCCUUCGAGCCUCCCGCAGAGCACACAACCCUAACCGCCACCCUCCAACUCUCCCUCACGGCCACCAUGUCCAUCUACCAAUGCACGCCACCCACCUCUCCCCCGCUCUCCUGGGUCCAAACUGCCUACCACCCCCCACCCACCGAGUCGCCCGACCACGCCACCCAUCCCCUCCUCUCCAUCCCACCGCACUGGCACGCCCACCACGACGAGAUCAUGACCGUCACCUCCGGGCGCAUGAAGUUCUCCAUUGGCGGCCAGGACGUGAUGCUCGGCCACGGCGAAGGCUGCGAGACCAACGAGGCGCAGAUCAAGCGCGGCACCGUGCACGGUUUCACCGUGCUGAGAGGCGAGGCCGCUGAGUUUCGAGAGAGGACCGUGCCGCAGGGGCCGUUUAAGGGAGCGUUCUUCCAAGAUCUUUUCGCCGCGGGUGAGCCCGGCGUGCUGCAUGCGAUGCGGACGUUCGCUGAUGGCGAUACCUACGUGGCGCUGCCAGGCGGUUGGAAGUGGUUGGACUAUUGGGUAACAUGUGCGCUGGGAGCGCUGGGCAAGCUAUUGCUGCCGUAUCGUGAGGCGCCCGUCAUGGUGGCGGAGAUUGCGAAGAGUGAUAGUAGCAAGACGAAGGUCAUCUGA